AGCAGUACGUGUGAAAUGAAAUAAACGCUAGCAAUUUGGCCCGUUUGCACAAAAAUUGUGCUAGGAACCCAACAUAAGGAAGCCCUUGGUCACGGCUUUGACAGUCUGCUUUCCACUAGGUGGAACACAACGAAGUUUGGGCUUGCAGCGUUUGCGAAGAUGCGCUAAGGGAAGUACUUUACGGUAAGGUUCCUCGUACAAUUUUUGCGAAAACGGGCCCUCUGGGAAUACUGAGAAAAUCGUGAGCAUGGGCGACAAAGAGAGACGCAUGACGCAGUUACCAAAGCAGGUGACAAUUCGAGAACGCGCUUGACUAUGCCGCAGACAUGUACAAAAUACUGCGCAAAAGGUAUUUAAAACAAGAGACAAAUUAAUACUCCACGUAAAAAGUAUUUAAAAUAGAGUACAAAAUACUCGGAAACAAAGUAAUUUGAGUAGAGUACUAAAUACUCCAAGAAGUACGCCGGGCAAAAAAAAAAAAAAAAAGAACUGGGAAGUCAACCGGUACCAGUUUGUUCCCAGUCUCGAACUGGUCAUGAAUUGGAACCAAAUUGGACCAAACUGAUGGCAACUGGAAAGUGAAGUAGUACCAGUUCAAGCUGGGAUGGUGGCAACUGGACAUGAAGUGGAACCAGUUCAAGCUGGGCUGGUGGCAACUCGAAAGUGAAGUGGUACCAGUUCAAGCUGGGCUGGUGGCGACUGAACAUGAAGUGGUACCAGUUCGAACUGGGCUGGUUGCAACUGGACAUGAAGUGGUACCAGUUCAAGCUGGGCUCCUGGCAACUGGAAAGUGAAGUGGUGUCAGUUCAAGCUCGACCAGCUGAAAUGUUUAGGGGAAGUUUCGGUUUCGGUACCGGGAUAGGUUUGUAAUCAUAUAUGUAACGCCUGAGACUCCCGUCCAGAUGUGCUGGUCGACUGGGUGGCCCCUCCUGCACCCCGUCUAACCCUGAAGGGGGACAGGGUCAUAAACUGAAGUUCGGGGAUCCCAAGAACGGAUGGGAAGAGCAGUUGCUUUUUGAGUGCGAGGGAAUGAACACGUAUUCUCCUAGUGACUCCUCGUCUGUUGUGACUCCUUCGUCACACGAGUCGACAGGAUUACCGCAGCCCACUCAUCGCCACCACCAUCAUCACAGUUUCAUCAGCUUCAUCAUGUCAAAGAAGGUUCUUCACCUCACCAAGUUUACUGGAUCACCCGACGAUGUCCCAAUCGACAAAUGGUUGAAGCUUUACUCUUGAAAGGUCUCAUCGCACGGAUGGACGGAUGACGACAAAGUUCAUUUCUUCCACGAGUACUUGGAAGGGAUGCGACAACGUAUGCGUUGCGGCUACAUUGAAAAGACCCAGGGUGAUUUUGUAUCUGAUCAUCCCCCCUAUGGUGAUCUGCAUCACCUGCUCCCACUUCUGGGCUGUCAUGAACAGGGAUGUACACUAUUUCUUGCCCUACAUUAGUGACGCAGGAGGUGACCCACCACAAAGUGCUGUCUUCGGUGUUGGGCUGAUCAUAGCGUCCAUUGGAUGCAUGGGGCUCUUCUGCAUGCGGUACAUCAUGGUCUUGGACCUGAAUACAGAGAAAAGGAGAUCCAUAGCGUUCCUCAACUACCUCGUCUUCCUCUGCGGCAUUGCCAUCUUCUUCGGUAUCGUUAUGGUGGCGGUGAAUCCUACAGGUCAUCUACGCAGAGAUGGAACAUGGCUGCAGCCGAUCUUCGUGUCUCACGUGACUGGUGCCUCUAUGUCAUUCUUCGGUGGUAUUGGCUAUCUGAGUGGAAACUCCGCCCUCACCUUUCUUCUGCUUCCGAAACUCAACAACGUGAGAAUCGCCUACCUGCGUCUGGGUCUUACCGUGAUUGAUAUAGUCGCCUGCUCAAUCACUGGAGUCAAAUUUCCGAAGAAUAUGCUUACCAUGAAACCUCACCCUCAUAAACCUAGGACGUACCCUGAAGGCACGCUGUACUCCAUCUUGGGAGAGUGGGUGAUGCUGAUCACGGUUCUCAUCUACCUCUACACGAUGCGAGACGAGAUGGACAGGAGUACCUUGGUCGUGGGCCUGAAUAACACGCGGUACGCCAUCGGCGACAGGAGCGACGCGCAAUUGGCAGCGGACGCAUCCCGAGUGCCUGCGACGGACACUGCGUGACGUUGACUGAUGUCACAAUUGUUGCGCCGUCAUUGCAGUCCAUGUGGCACACUGCCAGUAAUAAUACUCGGGAAUAUUUCUCUAUCUUGAUUAAUUUAUAUACAUUAGUGUUUGUGCACGAAACGUGUUCACGAAAGCGCAAUUAAAUGUAAGCCAUUUCUGG